AUGGCUUUUGUUAUCUGUUUGUUUCUCAGUGCAGGGGAUGAAACUCAGGUCAAUCUUGCCAUCGUUCAGGCAUCAAGCAUAGACUCCGGUGUUUACGGCUGCACAAUCACAAAUGAAUAUGGGACCGACUCGACGGACUGUCUUCUUAGUGCAGAUGUCUUGGCUGGAAUGUCCCUCCGUGAGGACCUUGGUGUUGGUGAAGAAAUCGAAAUGACACCCAUGAUAUUCAGCAAGGGCGUGGCUGAUUCUGGCGUCUGGGGCAAUAAAUUCUUUGGCCGUGUAAUGAUGCAGGAAUCUCAUAUUGGUGAUGGCUGUUCUCAUAAAGUCUGGAGGGCAAAAGUCAUCUAUGGUCUGGAGCCUGUGUUCGAAUCUGGAAACACAUGUAUCAUUAAAGUGCGCAACCCCAUCGCCUAUGGAGGCAAAGCAGAAAGCUGCCUCAUAGACCGGAACCUGGACAUUGUCAAGCAGGAGUCUAAAAUUCAGAACUUGGCUCGUGAAUACUGCAAAAUCUUCUCUGCAGAGGCAAGAGUGAUUGAAAACUUUGGCCCCUCUCUGGAGGUGCUUCCGGUGUACCUGAUGUACCGACCAGCAAACACUGUCCCGUAUGCCACAGUGGAGGCUGAUCUGACAGGAGUCUAUCAGAAAUACUCUGUCCUGGAUCAUACAGGCAGAGUAGACACGAGGUCUGGCUCUGAGGCGGCGCUGAAGUGUUGUGCCCUGCAGCACUGGAUCUUUCAGUGGACCAAUGGCAAUCUGCUAAUCACUCGGCUAGAAGGUGUUGACACCAAGAUCACCAAUGUUGGAAUUUCAGUCAAAUCAACGGGGCAUCAAGGUCUGUCUGUCGAAGGGAAUCCCAAAGUGUUCGAGCAGUUUGUCUCCCAGCACCAGUGUAACUACUUCUGUGGUCUGCUCAGCCUGAGGUCACUAAAGGUCAUGGACUCUUUAUUGACGCCAACGAAGCCCAAAGGCUCCAGGAGCCCGUUACUUCAACGCAAAAUGGCCGCUGGCUCCUCCAGCCCCCAGACCGGCCGGAAAGCUGCCGGCAGCCCCAGACUGCCCAGGAAGACUGAGCCAGAGGGCAGAAAUACUCCCACUAAACAAAAAGCUGCUGAUGCUCCCACAGCUGUGAAGGUGGAGUAGAAUUAUCUCUCAAUAAGACAUGAAAGAUGACAGAUUUUCUCAAUUGAACAGUAUUCUCAUCACAUGCCAUUGAUUGAUGAAGUCCUAAAGCAAAAACGGCUCAAUGUAUCUGCAAAACGCACAGGAGCAAGUUGGAGACAGAAAGAUGUCUGCUCAGAGAAACUCUUCAGAUACCAGGAAAAAAGAUGAAUGAAUUAUGACUUAACUCUUUAAUUUUAACAGCUUCCAUUCCUUGUCAUUAUCACUUAGUGUGGACUGAUGCCGUCACGUGUUGUGGUGUUUACCUUUUGUAUCCUACAUUCAACCGAUCUUAGGGUUGGAACUCAAACUACAGUGUAUUCUAUCAACCCAGGUCACUGUAUUUGUACUAAAUAAAACAUUUUUGAACUGAA